AUGGCAGAGCUGCAAACCAAGGCGGAAACUGAACCUGUUCCGGGUCAGUAUUUGGCUCAGGUUGUGGCUCAGGCACCAUCAAACGAUGCCGUCUCUGCCGAGAAGGCUUCAGAAACGACAGCAGCAGAGGAUUCCAAAGCUCUUGUAGUAGAACCUGAGACGACACCAGUUCCUGCUAACAAACUAAGCUCAAGAGGAUCCCUUGAUAGGGAUAUCGCUCUGGCAGAAUUAGAGAAAGAGAAAAAGAAUUCUUAUGUUAAGGCAUGGGAAGAAAAUGAAAAAACCAAAGCAGAAAACAGAGCUCAAAAACAUCUCUCUGCUGUUGCUGCUUGGGAAGAGAAAAAGAAGGUAGCUCUUGAACUUGAGCUGAAAAAAAUUGAGGAAAAACUGGAGAAAAAGAAAGCAGGAUAUGUUGAAAAAAUGAAAAACAAGAUUGCCUUACUUCACAAGCAAGCAGAGGAGAAGAGGGCAGUGGCUGAAGCCAAGCGUGGUGAAGAGCAUCUUAAGGCAGAGGAAAUGGCUGCAAAAUACCGUGCAACCGGAACUGUUCCAAAGAAAUCUGUUGGAUGCUUUUGAGAUUUUUUUGCUUUUUGAGUCUGAUGUCUAAAUAACUAGUAAUUGGAAGUUUUGUCAGUAUUUUCUCUUAUUUUGU